AUGCAACAGUGUUUCGGGAAGUCGAAGGUUGAGGUUUGUUUCGAGGAAGGUGUCGGAAACUUCCGAGGAUCCACCCCGCAGAAGCACCUGCUACCAGAGGGCCGAAUCAUCGACAUGGAGCGGGGGAAAACGCUGGGCGGAAGCAGCACCAUCAACUACAACAUGUGGGUGCGCGGUGCGCCGGAGGACUUCGACCGCUGGGCGGCAGACUAUGGCUGCGACGGCUGGAGCUACGAAGACGUGCUUCCGCACUUCCGGGCAAUUGAAAAGAUGGAGGGCAGCCCCGGCUUUUCUGUCGAUGCCAGGUAUCGUGGCGAGGCGGGCCCCGUUGCGGUCGCCGAGGUUCACCCGGUACCAGCAGGAGUGGACAAAUUCCUCGCCGCCUGCGAGAGCGUGGGAGCCCAGCGCGGCGACUACAAUGGGCCAACCAUAACCAACGUGGCUGGGUGCACGCAGCCCCUCAGCAGCCUAGAGUUGAGGCCCGUUAUGUUGGGCGCUGUUUGUCCGGCCGAUGGCUGUUCGCAUGUCGGGGGUCUUUGGGACCAAGUUCCCCGCCUUGCCUUGAUAUGCCUGGAAAGUGCCUUGAGAUGCUUAGAAGGGGGCUGGCCCACAUAA